UAUUGCUUCGCGCACCCGCCGGAUACAAUACCAGAGACCGUGUUAUUUAAUGUGUCAUUAACAUGGGAAGAAAGGGUAGUGGCUGGCAUCAGGCGAAAGUUGGUUCUUACAAACGGUCAAUUCCCAGCGCCAACAUUACACCUCAAACAAGGUGAUCAUGUGAAAUUUCUAGUGAAUAACUUGCUGCCAUUUAACACAACAAUCCACUUUCAUGGAAUCGAACAACUGGGUACACCCUGGUCAGACGGCGUUCCUGGUAUCUCACAAAGAGUCAUUCGCCCUGGCGAUCAGUUUCUAUAUAAUUGGAAGGCCACCCAAUAUGGCAGCUACGCAUAUCACGCUCAUACUAGGGGCCAAGUUGAAGACGGUCUCUAUGGGGCGAUUUAUAUUGAGCCCGGGGAGUCUGUCCGCAAACCAUUUGAUAUGAUCACAAGAGAUCGUGUUGCCCUGCAGCGAAUUAUUGAGGCCGAAGAAGAAACCAAGCCACUCAUCCUCUCGGACUGGCGCCGUCUCAGCUCUGUAGAGAUAUGGGACACCGAAACAGCCUCUGGCAUAGAAGCUUUUUGCGCCAAUGCGCUUUUAGUCAAUGGCAAAGGAUCCGUGACGUGUCUUUCUGAAGCAACAAUACAUGAAAAUAUGACGCCUCAGCAGAAGGGUGCGGUACAGGGAAAAUAUAGGUUGACUGAUAUGGGCUGCAUGCCCCCAAUUGACAAUAUGGAGGGCGUGUACCCUUUCAACAAGACGGCCGUGCCGAGUGGUUUCAACAGCGGCUGCCUCCCUACCCAAGGACAAACCGAGAUCCUCAAAGUUGAGGGCAGUAGAUCCUAUGUCAGCUAUGAUCUCAUUAACAUGGCAAGCGUGACAACCGUCAUUUUCUCAGCGGACGAGCAUCCGCUGUGUGUAUAUGCAGUCGAUGGACGAUAUAUCGAACCGCAGAUCGUAGAUGCUAUAUCUAUCCCCAUAGGGUCUCGUUAUUCAGUCUUGAUCGCCCUGGAUAAACCAGCGGGGGAUUAUACCGUUCGGAUAGUGAAUAACGGUGUCAACCAGAUCAUCAACGGGACGGCUAUAUUGAGGUACAACAACUCAUCACCACCAGAUAUCACUUCAACCCAGUCAGAACCAUCAAUCGACCUAGCCGGCCAAAACACCUCUGUCACAACGAGAUACUUCAACGAGGACGUGGUAAUCCCAUACCCUGCGCAAAGGCCAUCUACACAAGUCGAUGAGACAUACCAUCUCAAGAUUGGCCAUUUUGACUCCGCAUACCGCUGGUUCAUGGGCAACGGAAGCUUCCUCCAGAUGUAUGAGGACUCCGUUCCUUUACUAUUCGACCCUACCGCCCUCCCUCCCAACGCCUCAAUAAGCUCAAAGAACGGCUCCUGGGUCGACAUUAUUAUCUCCGUCCUAGAUAUCGCGCAACCAUCGCACCCCAUUCACAAACAUUCAACCAAAUUCUACGUAGUUGGUCAGGGCUAUGGGGAGUUUAACUACUCGACAGUUGCGGAGGCCAUGGAGCACAUUCCAGAAAACUUUAAUUUCGAAACUCCGCAGAUCCGGGAUACCUUUGGGACGCCAGCAUCAUCGAUCGGGGGUAGCUGGUUGGUGAUCCGGUAUCAGGUUAUUAAUCCAGGACCGUUUUUGCUUCAUUGUCACGCGCAGGAACAUCAGUCUGGUGGCAUGGCGUUGGCAUUGUUAGAUGGGGGUGAUGCUUGGCCCGAGGUACCGCCGGAAUACCAGAUAUAG